AUGUGUUCCAAGGGACUGGCCCAUCCUUUCGACUUCGACCCCAUUUUGGAACGCCUCCAAUCAGAAGGCCACUCCAUCAAGGACGGUCUCUCCGAAGAGAGUUUCAUCCAAUGCUUUGUGCUGUGCGUGCAGGAGGGAAGAAACGACGUGUUGUGGAACCUGCUCAAAUCGAUGGGCUACUCCAUGGAUUUCGACUUCCAGUUCGAAAUCCCCGCGAUUCUGCUCAAGGCCGACCAGACCAUCGAAUUCUCCAACGAAGCUCGGCAGUUCCUCACCAAUGUAAAAUCGCCCCGAUUUCUGCCAUUCAGAUUUUCCGCUGCUUUUUCGACCGAUUUCGAGCCUAUUUUCGCCACUCCCGAAUUCCGAGCCGCUCUGGGAGCAUCUCCAAACCCCUCGCUAUCCUCUGUUUUCUCCUCUGCCAGCCUCCUCUCUAGCAUGACCCCCGGAUUCCCGUGGAACUGCCGCACCAACGAGAACGGACAUCUCACCUUCGCGGGGUGGUCGUCGCUCUGGGAGCUUCUGCUUCGCUGCGACGCGGCGGCGACGCUUCGCUGGCUGGUCCUGCUGGGCUGGGACGACGAAGUCUGUCUGCUGUACGUGGUGACGAAGCCCAAGCAGGAGGACUGGCGCAGCAACAACUAUCUCCGCAGACACGUCGUGCACGCCUUCGCGUUCGGAGACUCCGCGGUCGGAAAGGUCCGCGUCUCGCCUCGUUCUCACGCGCAGACCUCCCUCUUACAGCGAUUACUCGCCGCUAAAACCACGCCCGUCCCCACGGAAACGCUGUCGACGGUCGUGGCGCCGGUGUCGUUCUCGACGGACAACCUCACCACCAUCAAGAAGACGCUGCUGUUCUCCGAGGUGCCCGUGGGGCUGGAGCGGAAGACACUGCGCGAGAUGGGGAAGGCCUGCGAUAUUGCGUGUUGGAGCAGGGGCGGCGAGUGA